CCCUACUUAACGGCAGAGACUCUCAAACUGUGACACGUGGAUUCUAUCUAGCCAAAAAACAGACCUGAAACUUAACCUCACCAGUUCUCUAUCCUCUACCUAUUCCCAACUGAUAAACCUUCCAUGGCUGCCACCGCAUCUGCCUCUUCACUCCUCUCACCGGCCACCGCGACGUUUAACAGUAACUCCUUUCUCGUUGCUAUUACUAGUUCCCCAUUCCUCAAUUUCCAAACCCGAAAACCCACGAGACCAAUCACCGGACUCCACGUGUCCUCGAAACCCUCCUCACCCCUCUCCCCUUCCACCGGAUCCACCCAAGAAACCGUCUUUUUCGACGGCGGAUCUCACUACGGAGACCUCGCAGCGAACCUUCUUCUGGGUUUCACUCUUCUUUGGCUGCCGCUGUCACUAGCCGCAGUUCUCAGAGCCUUCAAUCUGCGGUACAGGUUCACAAAUGAAAGGGUCACUGUCAUUUCAGGGAAGACUAAGAAGGACAGGAUCGACUUUUCCUACAAGGUAAUCAAGGAAGUUCAGGUUGUGCCCAGGUUUAUAGGAGAGUGGGGUGACAUAAUCAUCACUCUCAAGGAUGGUACUAAGGUUGACUUGAGAAGUGUCCCAAAGUUUAGGGAAAUUGCUAAGUAUUGCCUCUCCAUGACUGAUCAACCUGUUGUUUUGAAGAACCCUGUCCCUAAAGGGUUUUAAAUUUUGAUGAAAUACACGCAAAAAAAGUGUGUUCUGUUUAAUAAUUUAAUCACUUUGUGAGGCAUGUGAAGUUUUUAUUCGAAAUUCUUAUGAAGAAAGUGAAACACUAUCUUUAGUUGUAUAUUUUCAUGUAAUUUGACAUGAAUUUUGUUUACUUAGUGUUUUGCUUAUACAUACACAGAAAUGAUAGAAUUGCAAUCCAUAAGGAUAGCUGCAGUAUUCUGAGAAGGGUAGUCAUGGAAUGGUGUUUAGUUAUGAAUUUUCCCUUUUGUAGAAGAGAUUUAGGCCUUUUGGAUUGGUCAAGCAUACCUGAGAUGUGAGAGCAAUUUUUCGGUUGGC